AUGGCGCGUGUGACGACCCGCCUUAUGCAACUACCGUACGCGCCUCCCAGAAAGAAACAUGUUCGAUAUAGACAAGAUGAACAAGAGAACGACGAAGAGGGAGAAACAGCUGAUCAAAGCUCUCAAAAAAGACCUGGCACAGACUCUAUUACGUACAAAGCUAAACUAGAAGGAAUUCUGGCACAGCCGCCAGGAAAGAAACAUAAAGAGGAGAAUAAACAAAUAGAAAAGGCACAAAACAAAAUGCGCAUGAAACUCUAUUCCCAAGAAAUGAAGGAAAAACAGAUGGAAGAAGUUAAAAAAGAGUUGGCUGAAAAGGAAGCCAAGAGAAAAGCCAAAAGAUUGGCAAAACUAGGAACCGUUCGUAAAGGAUAUGGCACACGUAAGCUGUACGUAGACGAGAUCGAUCUGGACGACAUGUCUGUCUAUGAUCCUUUACAAGCUGAAAUGGGAUCAAACAUAUCCAAGAGAUUCCCAAAAGAUUUCUUGCAAGACAGAAUGACGCUAAUCACUCCAUCGUACACUGGCAUGUUUCGAGAAUGUUGCAAACGUGUCGAUUAUGUACUAGCAUUCAGCGAUGAGGGCGAUGACCUCUAUGUCGAUGAACUUAAAAGUAAUUUUCUCUCCACUCUCGUUAAGAUAGGUCUCGACUUGGAGAUUGAGAAAGGAGUGUUACCUGAACACAACAAUCUUCUAUUCUGUAAAAUUCAUGCACCGGAUUUAGUCCUCGACCAAUAUAAGUACAUGUUUGAAGUGGUAAAAUAUUUUCAAGACAAUCACGUUCAUUGGAUUGGAAGGCAAGGCAUGACGCCCACCUGGAAGGACAUGUUCAGAAAUACGUGUGAGAGGGAAUGGGUCAAAUUAACAAGACGACGCUACAUUAAACCAAUGCGUCUGUCAAACCGAGACCGAAGUUAUGUCACUGCCAUGGUUGUCAGUCACCAGCCUUUUGGCAGUAGAGAUAAAUUAUACGGCCUUUCUAGGCUUCUAAAAGCAAAGAUCAUAGUUGACGCUUACGCUCUUCAUGAUGGACCGUACUUCAUUACGAAUAGUCAAGAUUUGUGUACUGCCAACGCUAGACAAAUGUUGUUCUACAACUGGGCGGGAUUCACAAAUAUGUACAUGUCGCAGCCGUUAACUUUAAUUUACGAGUAUUUUGGGUCUAGGAUUGCCCUGUACUUUGCAUUUUAUCAAUUCUAUAUCACUUUUCUGAUGUUUAUGAUGCCAAUAGCUUUGUUUAUGAUAGUUCCUUCUUGGAAGAUUUUAAAAUCUUUAUUUUUAAAAGAGCCCUCAAAUAUGUAUUGUAAGGGCUCUAGAAUGUCAGUAACAGGGUUAUGUCCGUCGUGCAUGGACUUCAACGCAUGCCCAAUACGAAAUAUGAGUGAUUAUUGCGAAGUUCACAAACUAGUUCGCGUGACGCAGAAAAUUAUGAGUUUGUCACCUUUAUUUACUAUGUGGUGUUUUCUAUUAUUCUUCUUCUGGAGAAAGAAACAGAACUACUGGAGAUGGCUGUGGGAGAUCACGACUAAACCUAGGCACCCUGUUAUAAGACCAGAAUACGAUGUCAACUACAGGACUGCAAAAAGGCACAAAUUAACCGGCUACUGGAGAGUACGUCCCACUGUAACGGCGCUAAUACACAAAUUUUUGAUUGCGCCGAUUCUUUGUGCAGUAGCUCUCAUUGUAGCAAUAGGAUAUACGACAUUUUCAUACGCGUACGGCAUCAGAAUUAUGAAGAACCAUUCAUUUCUCAUGAAGGAUAUUAUUAAAAACUCUUCGAAGCUGCUCUCGUUCAGGGACUACUUAGCACAAUUUAUAGUUUUGCCGCAGAUGUACAUUAUGCUAUUUAUCUUUGAAUCGAUAUUUAUUGGCCUUUCACCUAUGUUGACAAGAUGGGAGAACCACAGAUUAUUUAAGAAUUAUGAGCGAUCUUUAUCCUACAGACUUUUUGCCUACAGUUUGUUGUUUAACUGCCCUGCGCUCGUUUUCGUCUUUUGGAUUAAGGGUCGCUUUUUCCGGCAUCCUCUUGACCAUUGGAACUCAAUGUUGAACAUUAGUUUGCCUUUUUACAAGUUAAACUUUACUAGCUUAUUUAUAAACCAAUUCAUGUAUUUACAUUGCAACAAAACAAUCAACUGUAUUGACGAAAUGGUUUUUACAUUCGUCUUGAUAAUGCUGAUGUAUUUGACCGGCGUGUUUAUCAGAUCCGUGAUGGUAUUUUUCCCGAAAAUUUUGUGUUUGGCAAAUACUGACUUCAAUAUAUCACAUGUCAGUCAAUUCGAAGCUCCAGAGUGGGAAAGGGAGUUCAAACUGAAGGAACUAACAAAUGACAUGAUGAUUAAAUGGAUGAAUUCCCUUGUGGUUCAAAUUACUUUGUACGUAUGGUUUGGAAAUACUGCACCUUGGAUAUGUUACAUACUAUUCAUAUGGAAUAUUAUAUUUAUAAGAAUGACUGCAAAACAAUUGAUUUGUUGCUACAAAAGGCCCGUUUUAGUAAACUGCCGAGGUCUUGGGCCGUACAAUAAAAUCCUCAACUUCGUUCUCCUAUCAAGUCCUAUAGCGCACGCCUUCAGCAACUCACGGAUGGACCUCUUUUGGAAACAUGUUUUUCACACCAAGAAUUAUUCCAUAGUAAACGCUAGCAGGAUACAAUACAACUUGAUGCCUGCAAAAUAUAAAACAGAUACUUGUCUAUACCCUGCAAAGUACAGACACUAUUACCCUCUGGAGGAACUGACGAUGCCGUGGCCUUUCCACUGGAUGAAUAUAAGCAGCAACGUGACUCAAAUUGUGACCACUUACAAUCGAUAUAUUGUCGAAUUGAACCAAAUUGCCGAUAUAGUAAAAUACACUCACUCAUUCAUUGUCAUACUACUGCUUCUGUACAUUCACAUGCCAUCUAAAUCGGAAUUCGUGGAAGCGAGAUCGUUUAAAGAAGACGAAAUUAAAAGAUACGGUACCCACGAAGCAUUUAUGAUAUUAGAUGAUGAACCACUAGACAUUAUGCAAUAAUAGGUAAACAAUGUAAAUAAAACCAUCUUUGAGAUGCUUCUGAGGCUCAAUUUACAGUGCCGCAGGAACUGAAUGAAUUUUUUCAUAGCAUA